AUUAAACUUAGUUUUACUCUUUGGGUAAAGGAAGUAUGCUAACUUUCAAUACUGUAUCUUUAAUCAUUCCUGUGUUAUGUAACGCCAGAAAAGAAGAAGAAUGUUAAAAUGGGUGCAAUAAUAUCAAGAUUUCGAAAAAAGCAGACUACAGUUGAAAUCUUAGAAUCUAUUGAUAAGGAUAUAGCGAACUUACAGAAGUUUCGCCGUGAGAAUCAGGAAAAGCAGAAGAGGCUGAUAGCAAGCCUUCUACUUUAUUCCAUUCUUUUGUACAUUAUUGGUGCCCUCGUGUUUUUCCUCAUCUACUUUCCAAAAGAAUGGACAUUUCGAUUUUUAUACUCAACACCUCUCUUGAUAUUCCCGUUAUUAAUCUUUGGUGUUAAGAAACUACUUCACUGGUACUUUGUUCAGAGAAUCUCGAACAAUGAUGUGGCAUUACGUGAUCUGCGGGAGAAGAAAAAACAAAUCCUUGAAGAUGUUACGGAGAAAGAAACAUAUAAAAAAGCUAAAGAGAUUUUGGAGAAAUUUGAUCCAGCCAGAUUUAAACAACUAGAAAAACCACCGACACCAACCACUAUACAGUCUACUCCCGGUUCAGCUCUAAGACAAAGGUCUACCCAGCAACGUAUGCCGACUCCCAUCAGUGCAACACCGGGUAUGGGCAGCAUGAGACAGGCGGGCCCCAGGGCCCCAAUGAUGACCCCUCAGAUUAGGGGCCUGAGAGGACCAGUUCCACAGAGGCUUAUGAUGUCUGCACAAAAUGGCCGCCCCUCACCAGGAGCCUAUGGUACCCCACCUGGGCCUCCCUUGCCUCGUCCAAUAUUGCCGCGAGAUCGGACCCAUUUUGACAAGCUAGUGGAGUACUUGGUAGGAGAUGGACCACAGAACCGCUACGCACUCAUCUGCAAGUACUGCUACUCGCACAAUGGGAUGGCACUGAAGGAGGAAUACGAGUACCUCACAUUCCGAUGCUGUUACUGUUACUCCAUGAACCCAUCCAGGAAGAAACGACCUUACGCACCAAAGUUGGAAUUGCCGACGCCAGCACCAACACCAGCCCCAACUCCAUUGGGGACACCAGCACCAACACCAGCACCAACACCAGCCGCAACACCAGCCCCCACUCCAUCGGGGACACCAGCACCCACUACAGCAACAGUUACCAGCACAAAACCAUUACAAUCCAAAGACCUUUUUAAAAAGAUCCAAGGAGGCAUAGGUGAUGAAGAAGAUGAAGAUGAUGAUGAUGAUGAUGUCGAAGAUGAUGCUGAAAAUGAAGAUGGGGAGGAAGAAGUAAAUGAUAAUGAUGAUGAUGAUGAUGAUGAUGAUGAUGUUGGUGAUAAUGAUCCUGACCAGAAGAAUGUGGUUGAAAAUGUUGGUUCCGACCAAACAGAGGAAGAACCGAUAAUGGCAGAGAGCAUCAAAGAAGAGAUGCAAUCAAACAACAGUAACCUAGACAACCACGUUGACAACCUGGAGCAACAGUUUUCAGAACUCGAAAUACCAUUUAUAGACAGCGAGACGGAUAAAGUAGCAAGUGAGACCGCAAAAGAAAGUUCAGAAAAAACAGAUGUAUGAAAUGGAAAUUGAGAGAAUGAUGGCUUUAUUCAGAAAAAACAUAGGUGUAUAGCACACAAUGGAAAUUGUGAGAACGAUAGUUAUUAAUAGAUAGCGAGUCCGAUAAAGUAGGGUUUGAGACCGCAAGACAAAGUUCAGAAAAAACAUAGAUGUAUAAAACGGAAAUUGUGACAAUGAUAGCUUUAUUCAGAUAAAACAUAGGUGAAUAGCACACAAAGAAAAUUGUGAUAUCGAUUAAUAGAUAGCGAGUCCAAUAAAGUAGGGAGUGAGACCGCAAAAACAAAGUUAAGAAAAAACAUAUUAUUAAUUUAGAUGCAUAAAACGGAAAUUGCAAGAACAAUAGCUAUAUUCGAUCCCUGCUUACGCAUGUUUAUUUUUGAGUAACCCAUUUGUUUGUUUGUAUAUUAAAUUUAGUACAUUAAAAAGAUGAUUGUAACAGAUUAUGCAAAAUAAUUAAUAUGUAAUUUUUGUGAUGUAACUCACAAAAUGGUAUAUGUAUCCUUUCAUUUUGAGAUAAUGUAAGAAAUGUGUACAAUAAUCGGUAAAAAUAAUCAAACAAGGUGCUAUGAUCAAAAUUUUGAUUUGCAAUUGUACAUUGUAUAGCUGAUAAAAGAUUGUAUAUAAUGAUUAUGUAAAUUUAAAAGAUAAAAAGUAAAGUUUGUUUUAUUUAACGACGCUGCUAGAGCACAUUGAUUUUUUAUCUUAUCAUCGGCUAUUGGACGUCAAACAUAUGGUCAUUCUGACACUGUUU